GCACCACCUUCCAUGGUCAAUAAUGAACAACGACAGCAUGCAGAACACAUAUUCUUAUCAUUUAGAAAAUCAAAAUCACCAUUUGCAGUUUGCAAGCAUAUUUUGGCUGUGUUAUUUUUUAGUUCUUCAUGCUUUGGAAGUAACAGUUGAAGAGAGGUGAGGAAAGUUUGUGAAAAUUGUGAUCGGUGAUUAGCUGCCACCUGCCUGAGGUGUCUUCUGAGAGGAACUAACCUCUUUGUGGUGCUAGAGCAAGGUCACUGGAUUAAAAAAAGAACAGAAACUAGUAAAGUGGACUAUGUCCUUUUCCAAGCUGCCACUGCCAUAAUGGAGGCAGUCGUCCGAGAGUGGAUUCUUUUGGAAAAAGGCAGCAUUGAGUCCCUGCGAACAUUCCUCUUAACCUAUGUUUUACAGAGGCCCAACCUUCAAAAGUAUGUUCGGGAACAGAUUCUAUUAGCAGUAGCAGUAAUUGUAAAACGAGGAUCAUUAGAUAAAUCAAUUGACUGCAAAAGCAUUUUUCAUGAAGUCAGCCAGUUGAUAAGUAGCGGCAAUCCCACUGUGCAAACGCUGGCCUGUUCUAUUCUAACUGCAUUAUUGAGUGAAUUCUCAAGUUCAAGUAAGACUAGCAACAUUGGACUGAGUAUGGAAUUCCAUGGUAACUGCAAAAGAGUUUUUCAGGAAGAAGACCUUCGCCAGAUCUUCAUGUUGACUGUUGAAGUUCUGCAGGAAUUCAGUAGGCGGGAAAACCUCAACGCACAGAUGUCCUCUGUGUUUCAGCGUUACCUUGCACUGGCCAAUCAAGUCUUGAGCUGGAACUUUCUUCCUCCAAAUUUGGGCAGACAUUAUAUAGCUAUGUUUGAAUCCUCACAAAAUGUGCUGUUGAAGCCAACAGAGUCCUGGCGGGAGACUCUUCUGGACAGCAGAGUUAUGGAACUUUUCUUCACAGUACAUCGAAAAAUCAGAGAAGAUUCAGAUAUGGCACAAGAUUCUCUGCAGUGCCUUGCCCAGUUAGCGUCUCUGCAUGGACCUGUCUUCCCCGAUGAAGGCUCACAAGUUGAUUAUCUAGCACAUUUCAUUGAAGGGUUACUGAAUACUAUCAAUGGAAUUGAAAUUGAAGAUUCUGAAGCUGUGGGAAUUUCCAGCAUUAUCAGCAACCUGAUAACUGUGUUCCCUCGAAACGUUUUAACUGCCAUUCCUAGUGAACUUUUCUCCUCCUUUGUUAACUGCCUCACACACCUCACUUGUUCUUUUGGGCGAAGUGCUGCACUGGAAGAAGUGCUUGAUAAAGAUGACAUGGUAUACAUGGAAGCAUAUGAUAAAUUGCUGGAGUCCUGGCUAACUUUGGUCCAAGAUGAUAAACAUUUCCAUAAAGGCUUUUUUACUCAACAUGCAGUUCAAGUUUUCAAUUCCUAUAUCCAGUGCCACCUAGCUGCUCCAGAUGGCACGAGGAAUUUGACUGCCAAUGGUGUGGCCUCUCGUGAGGAAGAAGAAAUAAGUGAACUUCAAGAAGAUGACCGAGACCAGUUUUCUGAUCAACUAGCCAGUGUAGGAAUGCUAGGAAGAAUUGCUGCAGAGCACUGUAUACCUCUUCUGACAAGUUUAUUAGAAGAAAGAGUGACAAGACUCCAUGGUCAAUUACAACGACAUCAGCAACAAUUGCUUGCUUCACCUGGUUCAAGCACCGCUGACAACAAAAUGCUUGAUGAUCUCUAUGAAGAUAUUCACUGGCUGAUUUUAGUUACAGGCUACCUCUUAGCUGAUGAUACUCAGGGAGAGACUCCGCUAAUACCUCCAGAAAUAAUGGAAUAUUCCAUUAAGCAUUCAUCUGAAGUUGACAUUAAUACAACACUUCAAAUUUUGGGAUCUCCAGGAGAAAAAGCUUCUUCCAUCCCAGGGUACAACAGAACAGAUUCUGUGAUUAGGCUGUUAUCUGCUGUUCUAAGGGUUUCAGAAGUUGAAUCUCGAGCAAUAAGAGCAGAUCUUACUCAUCUACUAAGCCCGCAAAUGGGCAAAGAUAUUGUUUGGUUUCUAAAACGCUGGGCCAAGACUUAUCUCCUUGUGGAUGAAAAACUAUAUGAUCAGAUAAGUCUGCCAUUCAGUACAGCAUUUGGAGCAGAUACAGAAGGUUCUCAGUGGAUUAUUGGCUACCUCUUACAAAAAGUCAUCAGUAACCUCUCAGUCUGGAGUAGUGAGCAGGACCUUGCAAAUGAUACUGUGCAGCUCCUUGUCACUUUGGUGGAAAGAAGAGAAAGGGCAAACUUAGUAAUUCAAUGUGAAAAUUGGUGGAACCUAGCUAAGCAGUUUGCAAGCCGAAGCCCACCUCUUAAUUUCCUGUCUAGUCCUGUGCAGAGGACGCUGAUGAAGGCUCUGGUCUUAGGAGGCUUUGCACAUAUGGACACAGAAACCAAACAACAGUAUUGGACAGAGGUUCUUCAACCACUUCAGCAGCGAUUCUUAAGAGUAAUAAACCAAGAAAACUUUCAGCAAAUGUGUCAGCAAGAGGAGGUCAAGCAGGAGAUCACUGCCACACUGGAGGCCCUGUGUGGCAUUGCAGAGGCCACCCAGAUUGACAAUGUGGCCAUUCUUUUUAAUUUUUUAAUGGACUUCCUUACCAAUUGCAUUGGGUUGAUGGAAGUUUACAAAAAUACCCCAGAGACUGUCAAUCUUAUUAUAGAAGUUUUUGUUGAAGUUGCACAUAAACAGAUAUGCUAUCUUGGAGAGUCCAAAGCUAUGAACUUAUAUGAAGCCUGCCUUACUUUGUUGCAAGUAUAUUCUAAAAAUAACUUAGGGCGGCAAAGAAUAGAUGUUACAGCAGAAGAAGAACAGUACCAAGACCUGCUUCUCAUUAUGGAACUUCUUACUAACCUUCUCUCAAAAGAAUUCAUAGAUUUCAGUGAUACAGAUGAAGUAUUUAGAGGACAUGAGCCAGGUCAAGCAUCAAACAGAUCUGUGUCUGCAGCUGAUGUUGUUUUGUAUGGAGUAAACCUCAUUCUGCCCCUGAUGUCACAAGAUCUUUUGAAGUUUCCAACCCUUUGUAACCAGUACUACAAAUUAAUCACAUUUAUCUGUGAGAUUUUUCCUGAAAAAAUACCACAGCUUCCUGAGGAUCUGUUUAAAAGUCUGAUGUACUCCCUGGAACUAGGAAUGACAUCAAUGAGCUCGGAGGUUUGCCAGCUCUGCCUAGAGGCCUUGACACCGUUAGCUGAACAGUGUGCAAAAGCCCAGGAAACAGAUUCACCACUUUUUCUAGCAACUCGGCACUUUCUUAAGCUGGUUUUUGAUAUGCUGGUAUUGCAAAAGCACAACACAGAGAUGACCACUGCGGCUGGUGAAGCUUUCUACACGUUGGUGUGUUUGCACCAGGCUGAAUAUUCUGAACUGGUAGAAACAUUACUGUCAAGUCAGCAAGACCCAGUAAUUUACCAGAGAUUAGCAGAUGCCUUCAACAAACUCACUGCAAGCAGCACUCCUCCUACAUUGGAUCGGAAGCAGAAGAUGGCCUUUCUAAAAAGUUUAGAAGAAUUUAUGGCUAAUGUUGGUGGUCUCCUUUGUGUAAAAUAAGCAACAGAACUCUAUGCUUAAUUUAGAUCCUUUCUGCAGAGUGCACUGAAUUGCUGAAAGUUGACUUGAGUCUUGUCCUGUUCCUCAGUUCAUUUGGCCAUUUUGGAUUUUGGAGAGCCUGAAACUUUGACACAGAAUGUGAUGAAACAGGAAAAGUCAACUUUGAAUCAACUUCUGCUGUUAGGUGUUAGCCACGAUUUGCCAUAUACACUGUCUUCUAGAUUUUGAAUGGUUAUUUGAAAAUUUCAAAAUGUAAUUCCAUGUAUGUGCAAACAGAUAUGGGCACAUAUUCAGUGCCUUUUCCCCUUUGAUCAAAACAUAGGUGGCUAGCCAAAGUUUAGAAUUUUUGCUAUUAAAUAUUAGGUGGUCACGUUCUAAGCAAUGUUUCUCAAAAUGUUGCUCAUAGAUCACCUGUGUCACUUGAGCUAAUUUUAAAAGUUAAUUCUUGGGCCCAGUUGUAGACCUUCAGUUGGAACCUGUGGUUGUUGGACCCUGGAGUUUUCAUUUUCAUAAGUUCCUCCCCUCCAUCACCCUGGAAGUUUUGAAUCAAUGCGAGAGACAUUGAAAAACCUUACGAGGUUUUGUGCUUUCCAAUAGUUCCUCCCAAAUAAUUAGGUUUGUCAUUCAGCAGGAAGAAAAAUCGUCACCAAGUGUUUAUUAGCUUCUUUUUAGUUUAUACUCUCCCUCCCUUCUUCUCUUCCCUGUCUUGUUUCUCCUCCUCCACCCCUUUUUCUCUCCACCCCGGUGUCACAGGUUUUGUGUAAUUGAUACACAUCUCUAAUCAUACUCUGAUGUCUGAACUUGAGGAGGAAAAUAUGUCUAUAUUUUUGUUCCAUAAAAAGAACUUUAGGAACUGUAGCCAUUUCAUUGCCUUAAUUUUAAGAGGGAAAUUAAAAAAAAAAAGACAGAUUUGUCUUAGUAAGAAAUCAGUCAAGUCCUGAUGCUUCAGAGUUGGCUUAGGGUGUUAGCUGCUAUGAACCUGUUGCCCCUUUUGAUCAUGUAUUUAUAUGAGUUUACAAGUGAAAUGAAAAGCGCAUUCCUGUGUAGUUAACUGUAUGAGUGCAUUUCAAUCUCACUACACAGCCCAUAUCUACUCUGAAUGGCUUGCUUAAGCAAUAACUAUUUUAAAGGAUGUGAAUUCUGAUUCACACAGACUAUUGCACAUUGGGGCAUUAGGGCAAUAAUUAUGUUAGAGUGGGAGUUAUCCACAUGUCACGGGAGCCACACAAAUUUAAUUUCAGAAGAUAAAAAAUUUACUUUAGAUUCUCUAGCUUAAUUUUUCUAAUCAGGAUUUUUUUUUUUUGGUACCGGGGAUCGAAUUCAGGACCUUGUGCUUGCAAGGCAGGCACGGUGCCACUGAGCUAAAUCCCCGAGCCUCUAAUCAGGAUUUUUAUACUGCUGCCAUGCUCCUCUUAAUUCUUUGUGCCAGCUUUAAUUAUGGAAACGAAAGCUGAUGUAUAAGCUACAGGCAUAGAAAACUGUCCCCUGCAAUCCUAGUCAUACAAUACAGUAAGGUAGAGGACUCUAGCACAGGUGCAUCUGAGACCCUGCUGUGAAGGGCAGGCUUUCUCCUUCUACACAUGCUCGACCCUGUCUACUAAACCACCCCCUGAGUGCAGUUAUAUCUGGAUUGCACAUAGCACAUGCAUCUUCAUACAGGAUGCUCUGCAAAGCUUUGUCUAACUGUGCUAGUAACAGUUGCAGUUGACAAAACGGGGGCAUCUAAAUAAUAUCCAACCUGUGCAUGUGAUGAUAGAUAGGAGUGAAUACCAGGCCUAUGGCCAUAGCUUUGAGGAUCAUUUUAAUAUGAUCACCAUCGAGAAACAAUAAAGAUGGAGCAAAAACAUCUUAAAAGACUCCAAAGAACACCAGUAUCACUCUUCAUGAAAUACGCAUCUUUGUAGUUUGAAAAAUGUUUUUGUUUCUUUUUAGAUUUUUUUGUUCCUUGAAGAACAUGAAGUGAUAGGCAGCAGUAAUCAUUUUAUUUUUUGAUGUUUCUAUUUUGUGCUUCAUAGCUCCCUUAAGUUUUUGCAGCAGUUGUGAGUUACAUGUAUCUGCGUGAUAAGUACAGUCCCUGAGACAACUGAAUGGAUAGGUCCACUGGCUAGGACACAGCUAUAAUUAGUUUAUUAUUAAAAGUAAGAUAAGUAGGAAAAGAAUGCCUUGGUAGGAAGGAGGCAUCUAUAUUCAGUAACUUCUACCCAUGAAAUAUGUUUGCUAAAUUUGCCGAGAUCCUAGUACAGUACUGAAAUUGUAUUAGACCAGUUUUAUUUAAGACAACAUUUACUUCAGAUUGGACCAAAUAAUACUGAAGAGAUUACCACAAUGUCAGUGGCAAACUAGGGGGGAGAGGAGGAGAGAUCACCAUAUUUUAGGUAAUGAGGAUGCCACUUAAUUGCACCAUCUAGAUUCUUCAGGGUGUUUGUGUUUUUGGUUGCCUGAUUAGUUAUUUGUUUGGAGCUUCUUUUAUUUUGUCCAGUUUUGUCUUUAGCUAUGUUUACUAGCUCUUCUGAUUUUUUUAUUUUCCUUAACCUUGGCCCAGUGAAUAUUAAGAACACUGGCUUGAUUCUAAUAAAUUGGUUUUUCCAAUUAAAACUGUUAAGUUGUUAAAGGAUUUUUAAAAAUAUUAUUUGUACUCUUUUUAUAUAUGCUAACAGGACACUGUCAGGUAUUUGAUUUUUAAACUUUCUGUUGUUCACACGGUAUUCCUUCACCUCAUUUCCCACACAUCCUUUGUUUUAUUUAUAUCUCAAUUUAUGUUCCUUGAGCAUUUGUUGACCAGUUUAAUCGCUAAAGACUUUGCAUGCUCACACUUUGUGUUAAUGCAGCAGCAGCUAUAACUGUGUUCUUGUCUCUGCUAAAAGGGGUGGUUUGAUUUUAUGGUCCUUGUGCUGGAUGACUGCCUGGAUAGUGAAACUUACUUGACAGUGUCCUUUUCAACACAGUUAUCUAGGUCUUUCUGCUGACUGUCUCUUUCUUUUGGAAGAGAGUAGUAUGUUAACAUUGAGUUUUCAUCUGAUAAACAUUGUGACAUUUUAUGUAAACAAACUUUGCAAUUCUUUAAGCUAAUUUUAAGAAUUCAGUCUUAUUUUAUUAUAAACUGUGUACCUAAUUACAUUACUCUGUUCAGAUGAGAUGGUUAGUAUUUUUUCACAAUUUUCAUUUCCAAACCAUGUAUCUAUAUAAUUUCCCCCCUUGUCAACAUCAUUUAACUCUCCUCUUAUUUAAUGGUUGGACUUUUCUCUUUUACCGAAAAUGUCAAGUCUUUAUUUUCCAGAUAUCCAAGUUUCCCGUUUCUGUUAAUUCUUCCAUGAACCUCUCAAAUAUUGAAAGAAAGUAGCUAUCAGCUUCAAGGAUUUCAAGUUUGAGUCUCCUAGUGUACAGUGUUGAUUUAGCCCUGAAAAUACUAUUUUUCUCCUGUUAUAAUUGUACUUGUGUUCUGUUUGCCAUCUCUGUCACUAGAGGUGGUUGUCCUUGGACCUUAUUAAGUUGGUUGUCCCUGACAGGUCAUUGUCAUCAUUGGUUCCUGAAUAAAAUAUUAACCUUUUAAGUCAGAAGGAACCUCAGUGCUUCUUAGGGUUUUGUUUUGUUUUUAAGCCAGAGAAUAAAGAACUGUUUGAAUAUGAGGUUUCUGUAAAAUUUUCUACAAAACAACAUAGAUGAAUUUGAAGGUAGAAUAAUGUGUAAAUUAUUUUUAAAUGUAAGUAAAUUCUCUGACUUGGUAACUGUUCUGAAUACACUGCGUUUAAGAAUUCUUUAAAACUUGGUUUUUCUAAAAUUCAGAAAUGUCCAAAUUAGGCAUAUUGCUGAGCUCAAAUUGAUUUGAAGUGCCAUGGUUCAAGUUGAACUUUAAAUAUUUCAAUUUAGUUGUAAAUAAUGUGAUAUAUGCCUGAUUGAUUAUAAUAGGAACCCAUGACAUAUUUAGCCAAAGAAUAUAUUUGGUUCAGGUGAAGACUGAAGCUUAAUAAUGGGUAUCCAUUUCUAUUUUAAAAAGGAUUUUAGUGAAGAAAUCUGUUUGUGGCCUGUAGCGCUCUAUAUGGAAGUCUUUGUAAAGACUGAACACCCUGAGCCAGCUCCAUGGUAAUCCGUGGUAUGAACUAGGAGGUGUAGCUUGUGUAUUACACCUUCAGUGAGGCUUACACUGAGUACUAUCUCCCAUCCUCACACACUGUGUCUGGGUCUUCACCUGUUCCCAGGCCUUCCUAGCAGCAGGGAGGUUUGGUUUCCUCUUCAGUCUGUGUUCUUAGACCUCUCAGCUGUUCGGCACUGUCAGUGUGCCCUCACAGCUGAUGUUUCUAGUCUGAAGUUAAGCACCACAUCUAUACCAUGUACCUACUGGGGAUCUGACCUCAAGUGUGCUCUGAGCCCAGGCUGCCUGGUGUGGAGUCUUCUGCCACAAAGUUACUAUGACUGAUUGCAAAUGUUGGUAUUGUGAUUUCAUUCUCUGUACAAAGAAAGAAGCUCUAUGCAGUGAGUUUGUGGUUUAAUGGUCACAAAAUGUUAGGACUGCUACAUUCAGUACAUGUAAAAUUUUUUAAAUUUAUAAAUAUUAAACUUUUAAACUUACUCUAAGACUUUUCAGUUUUUUUUAAGAGACCCAGGGACAAGUGUACUAUUUAAAUAUUUACCUCUAUUAACAUAACUAAUAAAGGUAUAACAUGUUUAAUUUUUCAA